AUGCCUGAGACAGCCAAGAGACAUUGCUGUCAGUGUGAUGUAUGCAGCAACAUGACACACAGGACAGGCAGGCACAGAGCUCACAUCAUACAAACAUACAUCACACACCCCAUACAUCACUCUGCAACUACAACACACAUUACCCAUACAUCACUCUGCAACACCACCACACACCCCAUACAUUGUACUGCAACACCACACACCCCAUACAUCGCUCUGCAACUCCGACACACAUUACCCAUACAUCACUCUGCAACAACACCACACACCCCAUACAUCGUACUGCAAUACCACACACCCCAGACAUUGUACUGCAACUACAAUACCACAACACACAUUACCCAUACAUCGCUCUGCAACAACACCACAAACCCCAUACAUUGUACUGAAACUACAACACCACAACACACAUUACCCAUACAUCACUCUGCAACAACACCACACACCCCAUACAUCGCUCUGCAACUACAACACCACAACACACUUUACCCAUACAUCACUCUGCAACAACACCACACACCUCAUACAUCGUACUGCAACUACAACACCAUACACCACAAACAUCACACUGCGACUACAACAGCACACACCCCAUACAUCGCACUGCAACUACAACAGCACACACCCCAAACAUCGCUCUGCAACUACAACAGCACACACCCCAUACAUCGCACUGCAACUACAACAGCACACACCCCAUACAUCACACUGCAACUACAACAGCACACACCCCAUACAUCGCACUGCAACUACAACAGCACACACCCCAUACAUCACACUGCGACUACAACAGCACACACCCCAUACAUCGCACUGCGACUACAACAGCACACACCCCAUACAUCGCACUGCAACUACAACAGCACACACCCCAUACAUCGCACUGCAACUACAACAGCACACACCCCAAACAUCGCACUGCAACUACAACAGCACACCCCCCAAACAUCACACACCACAAACAUCGCACUGCAACUACAACAGCACACACCCCAUACAUCGCACUGCAACUACAACAGCACACACCCCAUACAUCGCACUGCAACUACUACAGCACACACCCCAUACAUCGCACUGCAACUACUACAGCACACACUUCAUACAUCGCACUGCAACUACAACAAAAAAAAAAAGGAAUUUACUCAGAUAAUGGGGAGGUUAAACUCUUUAUUAUAUGGACAAUAG